GGGCGCAAGUACAGAGAAGUAACUGGAAGUUUUUUGCGGGGUAAAAAAUGCCGCUCGAAAUCUACCUGGAUCUGAUCUCCCAGCCAUGCCGCUCUGUCUAUAUUUUCGCGAAGAAGAACAACAUCCCGUUUGAAUUUAAGAAGAUCCUGCUGUUUAAAGGGGAACAAUACAGUGAAGAAUUCGGGAAGGUUAACUAUUUCAGGAAAGUGCCCGCCAUUAAAGAUGGAGACUUUACUUUGUCAGAAAGCAUUGCCAUCUUAACUUAUCUGGCGGAAAAGUACGGGACCCCAGACCAUUGGUACCCAGCAGACCUGCAGACCCGGGCUCGAGUUCAUGAGUAUCUGUCAUGGCAGCACAGUGGAAUGCGAGGAAUUGCCGGCAAGAUCUUAUGGCUCAAGCUGAUGAUUCCCAAGGCAUUUGAAAUAGAUGUUCCUAAGGAAAGGAUGGAUUCUCUAUUGGUGGACCUGGAGGGAUCACUCACAGCCUUCGAAGAAAAGUUCCUGCAGGACAAGCCUUUUAUUGCUGGGCAGAAGAUCUCACUGGCAGACUUGGUGGCCAUUGUGGAAAUCAUGCAGCCACUAGGUGCAGGUGUGAACGUGUUCGAGGUCAGGCCGAAACUGAGUGCCUGGAAGGACCGAGUUCGGGCAGAGAUCGGGCCAGCUCUGUUUGACGAAGCCCACCAGAUGAUCUUUAACGCAGAGGAGAUGUCAAAGACCAUCGACCCCAGUGCGAAGGAAAUAUUCAAGCCCAAGAUCAAAAAGAUGUUCCUUUGAGUCUAUUGCUAGGUUCUUGUACAGUCUGCUGUAUACUGCUUUCUCUCACAACCAAAUACCAUUUGUGUUUAUGCAUUAACCUGCAAUGGUGCCAAAAUUUGAUUUGAUUACCCCUAUACUGUCUUAUAUAUUAUUUACUCCAUAAAUACUUUUUCUGUAUUUGGCAUUAUAAGAGAUCAGACGGACAUAAAACCCCUGUUUUUUGGUCAUAAGGCUUUGAAGGGAUAGCAAGGUUAGGUUAAGAGAUGCCAUUUUGGGUGGUAAUUUCAAGGGCAUGGAGUAUAACUGCAGUUUUGACUUUCAUCCUAAAAAUCUAUUUGUCAUCUUGCUUUUGUUUAAAAUGAUCAACCAUCAGGUAGUUUGUAUUUGCAUGUAGUCCUUUGGCAUUUAGUUACAUGGGAGUUUGUCAUUUUAAAAGAAUAGGUCAUCUUUGAUGGGGAAAUACAUGUAAGUCACAGCAUUCACACCAAGAUUUCAUGGAAUUUUUCUGGCCGAAAGAAGGGGUCAGAGCAGAUUAAAUUUCACCCAGAUAUUUCCUGUGUUCACAAUGCUUUAAGUACUGUGAUAUGUGCAACUUUUCCACUUAAUGAAGGAAAAAGAAUUUGCAGCUGUUGAAUAAUAGUAACAUAAUUGCUUUUAUGAAGCCAUUCUGUAUUUUUUUCUGAUACUAUGUAAUUUCUAAUAAACAAGCGGCAUUUCUUAACAGGUA